AGAUUUGUCAUAGUUAUCUGUUUUCUGCCUAACCAGUGUACAAAGCAAGUUUCAGAAUGGCACAUAACAAACUUCAGCACUGCAGUCCCAAUGGAAUGUUAUGGUGAAGAAGGAUGCAUGCUUGAGUAUGUAUUUGCUCUUUGUGUGUAUGUGAUGUUUGAAUAUUGAGCAUCUCAGUUACCUGAGGCACAUUUCUAAGGGAAGGAGUACCUGUCUGCAAGCGAAUAUCCCUGUGUCUUUAUCCAUACCGCUUUCAGUGUGGCAUGACAAGCAUAAAUCAGUCCUGCGUGAAACCUAAUCCUCAUUUUCCAACCACCCCCAGGGCAGUUCUUUUCCCUCGCUCUCUGUGGAGCUCAGGUGUGUCUUUACAUGCUGAGGCACUCAGCACCAUUACUCCACAGUGCACAGGGGGGCAGGGGUGGCGCACAGCUGCCACUCUGGACAGAGAUCCACUUUUCCAACAGGGCAGGACCUCCACAACUCACAACUUUCACUCCACUCUGACUCUCCACUAUGAUGAUCCUGGGCCCUUUACUGUUCCUGCUCACGUGUUUGGCCACCCCUCUGUUCGCUCAGGAGGAUGAGUGUGAUGACAACUCGUGUCACCCACAGCUGGGAGACUUGAUGCUCGGCCGUUCUGCACAGCUUUCGGCCACCUCCACCUGCGGACUCGCAGGACCUCAGAACUACUGCAUCUUGGGAUACCUGGAGGAUGAGCAGAAAUGCUUCCUCUGCGACUCAAGGAAUCCUUACAACCGCUAUCACAAUCCCAAUAGUCAUCGCAUCGAGAAUGUGAUCACAACCUUUGAAGGGUCACAACGCAAGAUGAAGUGGUGGCAGUCUGAAAAUGCUGUUCACCAUGUUAGCAUUAAACUGGACCUGGAGACUGUGUUCCAGUUUAGCCAUCUUGUUCUAACUUUUAAGAGCUUCCGCCCUGCUGCCAUGCUGGUGGAGAGGUCUAAGGAUUUUGGACAGACCUGGAAGGUGUUCCGCUACUUUGCUGAGAACUGUCAACUCUCCUUCCCUGGAGUGUCCGAGGGACCAGCAACAAGUUUAGAUGAGGUCAUCUGUGAUAGCCGCUACUCUGGCCCAGAGCCCUCCACUGAUGGAGAGGUUGUGCUCAAAGCCUUGGAUCCCAGGUUUGAAAUAAAUGAUCCAUAUGACCCUAAAAUACAAGAGCUCAUCACCAUAACUAACCUGCGGGUGAACUUCACACAACUCCUCACUUUGGGCGAUACACUGCUGGGCCGUCGGCGGAGGAACCCCGAGGACAAAUACUACUAUGCGCUGUAUGAGAUGUUGGUGCGGGGAAGCUGCUUCUGCAACGGCCAUGCCAGCCAGUGCAUGCCUGUGGAUAAUGCCCGAGGGGAUGCGUUCAACGAGCGAGGCAUGAUUCACGGCCGAUGUGUGUGUCAGCACCACACAAUUGGUACCAACUGUGAGAGAUGUGAAGACUUUUACAAUGAUGCCCCCUGGAGGCCGUCUGAGUCUACAGAUCCUCAUACCUGCAGAAAAUGCAACUGUUACGGUCACUCGGAGAGGUGUCACUUUGACAUGGCGCGGUUUGUGGCCAGCGGGGAGGUAAGUGGCGGUGUGUGUGAAGACUGCCGCAACAACCGCGUGGGCGCCCAGUGUGAGCAGUGCCAGCCCUACUUCUACCAGGACCCCAGCAGAUCCCUGGAGGACCCUCAGGCAUGCAUACCAUGUGAUUGUGACCCUGCUGGCUCGCUGGACAAUGGCCUCUGUGAUGCCUUAACGGGACGGUGCGUGUGUAAGGAGAAUGUGGAGGGGGACAGGUGUGACCGCUGUAAAUUUGCCUUCUUCGGCUUACGCCAGGAUGACCCCUCAGGCUGCCAGUUUUGUCAGUGUAACUUACUUGGUAGCAUCACAACACCCCAUGCAUGUGACCAGACCACAGGCCAGUGUUUCUGUCAGCCUUUUGCCACAGGACCGUACUGUGACCAGUGUGUGCCAGGCUAUUGGGGUCUAGGAAACACUGUAUACAGCUGUCUGCCUUGUGACUGUGACACAGGUGGAUCCACCAGCAGUUUGUGCUCCAGUAUUGAUGGUCAGUGUCCUUGCCGGCCCAACAUGGUGGGGAUCAGCUGCAGUAGUCCGGCUCCUGGUCACUUUCUGGCCCCGCUGGACUACUACAUCUAUGAGGCUGAGGAUGCCACACCGCUGGGAAGCGGUGGUUCAUCACUGGUGAAUCCACCCAACCCCACCGGUGUACCACUGCCCAUCUGUGAGCAUUACUACCGUGAACAAGGUUAUGACUUCAAACUCAGUGAUGGACAGUAUGUGCUCAUCAGACGAGAGAGGCGGAGCAGUCGACAACGAAGACAGGACCAGCCUCAGUAUAUAGAGCCUGAUCCAGCUGUGCAGGUCAGAGAGCGCCGGCCUGGUUUCCCCAUCACAUGGACUGGACCUGGGUUCAGGAGAGCUCCACAGGGUGCAGUCCUCCGGUUCAACAUUAACAACAUCCCAGCCUCCCUGCAGUACCACCUUCUGCUCCACUAUGAGCCAGAGUCCUCAGACGACUGGGUGGCCAGUAUCAGAAUUGUGCCUUCAGCACCUUUGGACUACGGAAGGUGUCAGAAUGACCCAGCGGCAGACAUGGAGCUAACACUGUCUGGUUCCAAAAGGGUGGCUCUUUUGGAUACCACAGUGUGUUUGGAAGCUGGUGUGCCAUACUCUGUGGAUGUCACUCUAAGAAAGCAGUCCAGUCCAGACUCCCAGUCUAGCCCAUACAUCCUGAUGGACUCGCUGGGCCUUGUCCCUCAGGUGGACUCCCCCCGGACUGAGGACGGGAGCUGCUCCGAGGCUACUGAGCUUCAGCAGUACCGCUGUGUGGAGCUGAACGCUGCCACGCCCCCUGACCAGUGCCAGGGUCUCAUUAGCAGCAUAUCUGCCCUCAUCCACAACGGUGCCCAUCGGCCAUCUGUGUGGUGCCUUCCUGGUUACUACGGAGACCCAGUCUUCAGAGAGCCCUGUGAGCCGUGCAGAUGCCCAGAGGUGCAGGGGAGUGACCGUUUCUUCGCCCUGUCCUGCACCAAGGACGACGACACCGACAGCCUCACCUGUGACUGCCUCAGGGGCCACGCAGGAGCCCGAUGUGACAGCUGUGCGCCUGGCUUUUACGGAGACCUGGCGCUGCCUGAGGCCCAGUGUGAGGAGUGCCGCUGCAACGACAACACGGACCCUCAGGACGCCAGGGCCUGUGACGGGGUGACCGGUGUCUGCCUGCGCUGCCUACACAACACCCGUGGGCCCUCCUGUGAGAGCUGCAAGCCAGGAUACUAUGGCGAUGCUCUGGUCCAAGACUGCAAAGAAUGCUCGUGUGAUCGGCGUGGCACAGAGGUGGUCAUGUGCCCACUGGACAGCCCGUGUUUCUGUGAUGAGGAGACUGGGCAGUGCCCCUGCCGCACAGGUGUGACCGGCCCUCUCUGUAAUGAGUGUGAGGAUGGCUACUGGAACCUGGAUGGUGAUGCAGGAUGCCAGCCUUGCAGAUGUGACCCUGAUCACUCACUCAACAAUGUCUGUGACAAGGUCACAGGCCAGUGCCCCUGUCUGCCUGAGUAUGGGGGUCAACAUUGUUACGAGUGUGCCGAAAACUACUUUGGAAACCCCGACGUUCAGUGCCUUUACUGUGACUGUAACAUGGAGGGCACCCUGCGGCCGGCCUGUGACGUGGACACGGGUGAGUGCCGGUGCCGCCCUGGCGUGACGGGCAUCCUGUGUGAUGAGUGUGCCCCAGGCCAUGAGGCCACCUUCCCUGAGUGCCCACCUUGCCAUCCCUGCUCUUUGCUUUGGGCUGCAAACAUCACAGAUGUCAAGAAAGCUGCAGAGAAGAUGCAAACCCUCGUCCCUAAGCCUGGUGACCAAAAGGAGUCCAGUUACAGUCAGCGCUGGCAACACAUACUGGACCUGCAGUCCCAGCUGGAGUCGGCUCUGAACAUGACAGGAAAUACCCAGUCAGAACUCGAUGCAGCCGAGGAUCUCCUCUCCCGUAUCAUGGAGCUGAAAGACAGCAUAGAUCCCAGUGCCAUUGUCGUUGACCCAACAUCACUUCUGAACACAGAAAUAGAUAACAUCAAGCUGGAGUUCAAGAAACUUAUAGAUAAGUUAAUCGAUAAAACAAAGGAAGUCCCAAUAACAGAUCCUAAGGCUCUGAAUGACACACUGGAGGAGAUCAGACAGCACUAUAAAGACUUCAUCAAAGACGAGGAGCGGGUCAAGGAUGCAGAGGACAAGGUGGAGUCGUCCAGGGACAUCAGGCAGAAGACCAAGCUAGAGCUGGCCAAGUGUCACACCGGAGGCUGGGACACACUAGAAAAGAAAGUCAAAGCUUUGAAUGUGGUCAAGUUCAAUGAAGAGGUGUGUGGGGCUCCAGGUGACGCCGAGUGCUCUGAGGCCAAGUGCGGCGGUGCUCUGUGUAAGAAUGACGCUAACAAGAGCAAGUGUGGAGGCCCUGGCUGCAAGGGCAGCCUUCCUCUGAGCCACAACGCCUUCGAGACAGCAGAGAACACCGAGAUCGACCUCAUUGAUCUGAACCACAAACUCAGAGAAUCAGAAAUCAAGAUUAAUGAGGCCAGAGACAUGAAUGAAGAAAUUAAAGGAGAAACAGUCAAGAUGAAAAAGAAGAUCAAUGACAGCAAGAACAAAUUUGAGAAGGAGAAGAAUGGUACCAAGGAUCUCAUCAAGAAAGUGAAGGACUACCUCACAGAUGAGACGGCAAGCCCAGAGGACAUUGAGGAAAUUGCCAAAGCAGUCUUAGCUAUUAAGCUCCCCAAGACUCCGGAUGAGAUCCAAAGCAUGAUCAAAAACAUCCGUGACCUGCUGUCCAACUUUACAAACUCUCAAGAGGACCUAGAGCUCCUGGAGGAGAAAGCCAAGACAGCAGAGAAACUACUUGAACAAGCCAACAAUGUCAAAAACCGAGCAAAGGCAGUCGAUGUGAGUGACAUUCGGAAGACGUUACAAGAGGCUAAACUCUUACAGGAUAAGGUCACGGAUAACCUAAGGGAUGCCACAAAUUCCACAGUCCAGGGUGCUGACAAAGUGAAAGAGACUAAAGGUAAACUGGACACCAUAGAGGCACAGUUGAAUCCAAAUGUGACAAAGUUGCUGCAAGAUGUUGAAGCGUUGAAGAAUAAAACUGAGAUGAACCGAGCGCAGGCAGAGGAGGCCAAAGCUGCAGCGGACGCUGCCCUAAAAAAUGCCACAGGUGUCAGCACGGAUAUCAAAGAGGUCAUUGAACUGUUUGAGGAGCUAAAGGACAAAAAAUCAAAUCAGACUGCUAAUGACGAGGUAAAAGAUCGUCUGAAAAAUAUCACAGCUGAAGUGGAAAGUAUGGCCAAAGAUGUGGCUGACAAGAUGAAGAAAAUUGAAGACUUGGAAAAAAGACUCCAAGCAGUCAUCAAAGAUAAAGAAGAUAAAGAGAAUGAUGUUGCUAAGCUGUUGGAGGAGGCAACAGCCCUCAGAAAAGUGAUUGCCGAAAAAGCUGACAACUACAUACAGUGCCGUUCCUAAAGAAAAUAUCACAUCUUUUCAUGCACACAUCUCAUAAGCUUUUCCACAGACUCUUCUGCGCUCAUAAUGGACUUACUUGUGUCAGUGUUUGUUCAUCGCCCUGUCCAUUAGGUGUCCACUGUGUCCACUGCUCAUUCUGGACUCUGGUAAGACCUUUAUUAAUGGCACAGUGGUGUUGCUGAAGCGUUCAUAUGAAAUUAAGCUACUGAAUAUAUUGUCAAAGGAUGCAUAUCUCAUUGAUAAUCUCAUUGACUGAUAUUGUGUUAUUUUUGUAAUGAGGCUUCUUUGAGAUUUGUUUAGCUAAAGGAUAUAAGGAAUUGAGUUCCUUCCUGGAAUAUUUUCCUUUUACUUGUUUUAUUAAAAAAAAUAUUUUGCUAUCUAAAACAUUCAUCUGUGGUUGUAUAAUGUUAAAUGUGUGUUAGAAUGUAAUGCCUUUAUAUGUCGAGCCUUCAAUGUAGGUAGUUCCCUUAAUUGCCACAGGAGGGCAUACUGUAUGCAGGCAAAGUUUAGAGGUAUGUCACUGACAUGCUCUUGUUUCCCUGAACAGCUGGAUCUUUUAUUUAUCAGUAAUGGAUCUUAAUACUACCAUAUAGAAGUUGAUCCAUCUACACACUAUUACUGUUCCCUUGUGGUCGUUACAUUUUUAAAUGUAAAUAUUUGUGCCUAUUCUAACAAAAUAUUUUAAAUUAAAUUUUAGAUGGUCAUUUGACAGCUUGUUUCACAUAAAUGUAAUCAACAUUUAA